CCAUCUCCACUACUGUAUCGUCUCUGAACGCAAUUUUUCUCAAGGCAGAUGGCUUUGCGGCUGGUCGAGGAUGACGUAGACACACACCCCCUCUUUGGAUUAUGACGCAAACAAAAAGCGACCGACAGGGCUGCAAACCCCUUGGAACAUGUUUUGCCUUAACUUUACAUGAAUGCUUACAUAUAUUGGUAAUUUAUAAUAGGAUAAAUGAUCAGACGUCUCGACUGUUCUUCCGGACUACAGAUAUAACUAGGCUACUUGGAAAUGCGGCACGUGUCAACAGUCUGCCUGCUCGCGCCUGCUGUGUUGUCCCUGCUGUAGUUUGUCGCAUCUGAGUGCCUCACCUGCAGGUUUUAAGGUCGUUCUUCACCGGCUCCCAGUACCUGUCAUUACCAUAGACGCGUUAAUGUCAAAGUUGUGACAGUAAAAAUAAUAUUUUACAAUGUACCCUUCUGUUGACGCAUGACCAAUUUGUAUCACAUUAUGAUAAGGAAGUGUCAAGACAUUUAGAGACAUCAUGCACAACUGUGCACGCUAUCUCAUCUUCUUUCAAUACAUUGGAACAAAAUACAGUGGUGUAGUGAAAGUGCCUCAACAUGAACUUGUUAAGAAAGGGGUCCAGAACCACUUGGAGGAUGCAAUAAGGAGGCUGAAGCCGAUCAACCCAGUGUCUCUGUCAGUUUCCAGCAGGACAGACCGAGGCGUCCACGCCCUCUCUAACUCCGCUCACUUUGACCUCCAACGCAAGAACGAUAAGCCGCCAUUUGCCGAAGACAUUAUUGUUCAGGCUCUUAAUAACCAUCUCAAAGAAGAGCAGAUUGGAAUCACCCGUGCCCUCCGUGUGCCUGAUAAUUUCCAUGCCCGUUUCCGUGCCAAUUCUCGGACCUACGUAUACCGGAUCGCGUUGGGAGUCCCCCACCACACUCUGCUUCCCGUCACAGAGCGCCAUCUCUGCUGGAACCUCAGCAACACGGAGCUGGAUGUGGGAGCCAUGCGCGAGGCUGCCACCCUGCUGGUUGGGACUCAGGACUUCAGCACCUUCAGGGCAGUCAGCUCUGACAUCCAUUUUAAAAACCCUGUGAAGACGCUUGAUGUGGUCGGCAUACAACCAGGAAGAUCUUUCCUACAAACACAUUUCCACAGAGAAAUACCAUUCUGGGAGAUCACGUUUACAAGCAGAUCGUUCCUCUAUAAGCAGGUGCGCAGGAUGACGGGGGCCCUGGUGGCUGUAGGGCGGGGGAGGCUCUCUGUGCCCCAGCUGAAGGAGAUACUGUUGGCUAGGGACUCGCUCGCUUACCCACAAGCCAUGGCGGCUCCACCUGACGGCCUCUUCCUCACCAGGGUGGACUACAGAGAGACAGACCUGCAGUUUUCACAACAGACGUCAGAGGAGCAAUGCAUCUCCAGUGGAAACUCAGAGGAAUAAUGAUUGUUUAUAAUUUCCGUAAUGCUGUGUGCAAUGUUUGUAAUAAAGUUUUGAAUGUGUAUAUUAUUUUCUUUACUUACAACCAGAAUAAACUUACGAAUAAAGCAGCUUCACUUUGAGUGAAUGACCCCAGUAGGUGUAAUUAACAAAAUAAUGACCACACUCAGACAAAUAAGCAUAACUUCAUCCGGAUAACAUGUUCAUGUUGUUUUAAUUCAUAUUAACAAUACAUAAACUGUGUCCAUGAACGCAGCUCAGCUACAGAAUACCACACACCUUGAACCUAUCAUUGUCUACACAUGACCUUCAGGUUACAGACAACGUUCUUUAAGCCUCGUCAGGCAGUAUUACUCCUAUGUGUAUGAACAGGGUUCUGGUAGGUUCUGAAUAUAAUCAAACAAGGUAUACAACAGGUGGAGAAGAGGAGUGUCAAGUCCUGUAGCCAAAACUGCUUUGAGUGUCCAUGGCUCUGGUCCAGUGGUUUUUUACAUUAUGGAUCAACAAAAUGCACACACUCACUGAUCAUUUUUACAUCCAGAUGUCCAAAUAAAACUGCAUACAUUGGUUCUUUACCCGAAAGUCUUCAGAGCACUCUCACUUGUUUCUAAUCGUCCGUAAACAGUCCAUUAAAACCGGACUACCACCAGCCGUCUUCUUAAUUUCGGUGAGAGCCAGAUGAGGUUUGUACGAGGUUAAAUCCCUGCUCUUAAUGUUCCAGCGUGUUGAUCAAACGCACCAGACCACCCACUGUUCCUAUUAUUUUGUACCUCUGAUGCAAGAUGAACUGAUUUAGGCUCACCGUAUUCGAAGAGCCGCGUCUGUCAAAAUUGAACCUUGUGAGGAAUGUUUUUUUUGCACUACUUUAACCUAUUUCUUUUUUUAUAUGUACACAAGUACAUGUUUAUUUAUCCAUGCGUCAGUGUUGAAGCAACACAAUGAAUCUGAUUGGCAUAGGUCCUCAGUCAAUUCAGCAUUUGGUUUCACACAUCCUAAAGACGCUCAAUAUAUAAUCAAAAUGUCAAGUGUUAGUCAGAAUAUGAAGCCCAAUGUCUUAGAAACAAAAUCAUAUGUAUAUAUAAUGCACUUGAGGAAGGCAUUGCGUUAUAAUAACAGCACAGUCUGGGUGAAUGUAGCUGAGUCAGGUCAAACUGGAGACCCUGAUUGGAAACAAUGAUGAAGAGUGACACUGAUGUCCACAUUAGAAAUAAAAUGAUUAAUGAUCGGAAGUGGUGCCAAGAUAUCCUGAUAAAAGUCGUAAUCAUUUAAAAAAGGAUACAAAUGACAUGCGUAAGAUGUGUGGGUGAAUGAUGGUUAAAUACUAGCUUAAGAAAAGAUAUUUGUAUGUCCAUGACUUGGAGUUAUUAGUGUCUUAUGACUCUAGGCAGCCAUUUGACUACACACCCUGACGCUAAAGCUGAGGUUAAUUCAGGAUUCAUUUCUUUCAUGUGAAUACAGGUUGAUAUUAUUUGAAAAUAGCUAUCACAGGUUGAUAAGCUUGCAUAGACCCUUGAAACCCAACCAUAACCCUCAUUAACAAUCUCAAUGAUUAAUCUACCGCUCGGCAGCAUACCCAACUUCACACUUUGUAGUCAAUUCAUUUACAGCACAGUAACUGCUGUACUGAUCUACGUGAUACGCUUACAUUCAAUCAUACUUUCCUACUUUU